AUGUCAGGUAUUAUAACUAAAACUGAGAACACAGGCGAUGCCUUAAAUACACAAAAUAACAUAACAACAACAGACCCAAUAAAUAAACCAGCGACGGUAUGUAAUAACCCUAGUAGUGCAUCAAAUAAUAACGAUAUAACAACAGCGAAAAUGGAAGAACUAGCAACACCAGGAUCGGCGGCGAUUGGAACCACCACUGCUAAUAUCAACGGUAAUACAUCUAAUGGCACAGAUUGUGGCACGAACACUAAUAUUUCAACAAAUAUGGCAGCUACUAGUAUGUUGCCGCAGACUACGGUAUCGGCUGUUGGAAACAAUAAUCCUUCAACUAUGGUUGCUCGUACAAAUUCAUCCUCUGGGUCUACUUCCUCCACCUCAGCAAAUAACAAUAAUUAUUCGAAACAGUUUUAUGAAGAAUUGCAACUACAUAUGAAUAUCAGACACAGUCAUUUACAAUCCCAAAUCAAUGAAUUAUUAAACGUGGUAGAGCAACAAAAACAACAAUUUUUAUUUCUACAUCAGCAAGUUAUUAACGUGAUUAAUGAUAGUGCUAAGACUUAUGAGACGUUUGAAAAUCAAAAACAACAAAUUCAGAAGCUCUGGAAUAGAAUAGAAUACAUCACUGCUACUGCUAAUAACAAUAACUCUGUCUCUAGUAAUAACAACAACAACAAUUUUUCAGCGGUUGGUGGUAAUAUCAAUAAUACUAACACCAACAACAUAGGCGGCGUAGUAGGACCAGCAGGACUUUAUGGAGUAGAUGAAGAUGUUUAUAACUCCGCAAAUAUUAGACUAGGUUUGACAAACAAUAUUCCUCACAGUAAUAAUAAUAAUAAUAAUAAUAAUAAUAACAACAACGGUAACAACAACGGUAACAACAACAACAACAACAGCAACAAUAACACUAACAACAACGCUAAUAAUCCCAAUAAUUACAACUACGGUAAUAACAGUGGGAAUAAUGGCAAUAACAACAGUAAUCUACCAGCACUAUCUAAUUCUUUACACAGCGCCUUACAAAACCAACAGCAGGGUACUGGGAAUGUCCGUGCCGAUGGCAUUGGCAACAGUAAUAUAAACCAUAAUAAUAACAAUGGCAGUAACUCACCACCGCCCUCAACAAAUCAUAUUACUGGACUUAUAGGUAAUCCAAACUUACUAUUGAGUAACAACGGUAAUGGUGGUAACAAUACUAAUAGCAAUGGCUAUAGGAAUAUACAACACCAAAACCAACAACAACAAACAAAUGUGGCGGGGUUAAACUUUUUUCAAACGAAUGGCAUGGGUGGUCAUUCUUCUUCAACAGCUUCUAAUAUUAAUAUAAAGGGUACAAGUAGUUCUAUGAUUAGCGACUCACCUUUGUCCAAUUCUAAUAUGGUUGGCAAUGGCAACGUUUCUUCGUCCAAUAUUAUCAGAUCAAAUAGUGGUAACCAGCAACAACAGCAACAUAACCAUAGCCAGCACCAAGUUAUUAACGGGGCCACUGCUAAUAUGACUGGUAGUUUAAACGCGAUUACCCAUCCGUCAGUUAUUAGUACGAUUGCUAAUGCCGGCACAGGAAAUACUACCACUAGCAACGUUAACGCCAAUCAGAAUGUGGAUGAUAGUCCCUUAGACAGUAAUUUAAACAAUUCCCUACGUUCCAAUUCCAAUGAAUAUACCGAGUUUAUACUUGAACAUCCAGAAGUUAAGCAUUUUAACUGGAAGCCCAGCUCUACGGUAAGACAAAUUUAUCAGAGGUUUUACACGGGUGGUAUGGUUGAUGGCACUCCGAGCGUUAUUGAAAUGGAAAAGAAAUACGGUACUAUUUGGAGAUCGCAGAAAUGUAGAGAAACAUUGGAAACAAGCCGAGUCAUUGCUAGAGAGUUCACUAUUGUUAAGUUGGUUGAUUUGAUAUCUAAAGUGGUUGUUUCCAUUUACAUGCCUGAUGCAACUGAAAGACAUUUUACAAUCGAAGAUGCUAUAAACGUUACUCAACAGUAUUUUAAUAAGGUGCUAACCAGAGAACCAAAAUUAAGAAAUAUGUCUGAUCAUGUUAGGACUACAAAAUUGUUUAAUAAUUUUGAAAUGGUCAUUAAUAAAUUCAAUAAUCUAAGAUUUAUAUCCAACACAACGGAGAUUGCCAAAGGUUAUAGCAGUGUAACUAUGAAGAAAUAUAGUUGGAGACUUGAAUCUUCUUCUUUAAUGCAAUAA